AUGCUGCCGCACGCGCUAAUAGCUGCUCCGGGAAAAUGCUCACCUCCUGCCGUCGCUCUGUCCCAUUCAACCAGCUCUCACCAUGUUGACUCGGAAAGAGUCGAGCGAAAGUUAUUUUUGCGCAGGAGUCUAUUAGCAGGGGAAGCCGUUGGUAAGAAGGGCUUAUAUGGAAGAAGUAGAUUCAGUGCUCGUGCUUGUAGCGGUAGCAGUACUGGUGGUAACAACGGCGGGAACCAUGGCGAGAACAGCCACAGCGCGAGAACCGGCCAUAUCCACCGUGUCACAGCAGGAUUGGUCGCCCUGCACGACGAGACGGGAAGCAGGCGAUUUCCUUUAGAGGUUGUGGCGUCUCUUAAGCCCGAGGCACACACGAACGGCGAGUUCAGGGAAGCUACGCGGGAGAAGGAGGACGUGGCUCGAACGAUAGGCUUGACAGACGCGGAAACGGGAGGGAGCAGGACUAAGUUAGAGACGACGUCUUUAAAAGGGGAUGCUCUUAAACGCGAAGCGGAGGAGGCGGUUUUGGCGAUAGACGUGGGCACGGGCGGGACCAAGGCGGCUGUGGUGACGUGGCAUGGCGCUGUCGUGGCUUCUGCGUUCUGGCCGCAUGCUCCGCCACGUGGCGCGGAUGAUGACGUGGCGCAGGCGCGGCAGACGGCGGAGCAGGAGCCGUCUGAUUGGUGGAGAGCGGCGGCGGGCGCAGCUGGGGAGUGCCUGGCGCAACUGGAUGGGCGGAAGGGGGGGAGCAGCGCGGGUGGGGAAGGGGAGGGAGGUGGAGUGGGUGGAGACGG